GGGCCGUUUGCCAGGCCCAGGGGCCACGAAAAUGGAUCCGGGGCGGAAGAGCUGUCUUCAGGUGGUUCAGGGGUCGGGACGUUCACAGCGGCACGCGGGUUGGAAAAAUCAGUCCGUCGGAUGUCUGGGAAGGGGAUGAGGACGACGCAGAGCAAGCACCAGCGCGCCCUGAGACGGGAAGUGGCGAUGACAGCCCCGGCCAAGACGAGGACGAGUCAGCUGGGCGGUCUGGCACGAUGGGGCACCACCUGCGGGUGCUGGAGGCCCAGGAUGUCCAGUGCGUGUUCGUCGUCCGGCGGAUCCACACGUUGGCGAUGUCCUCUCCAGAAAUCUUGGCGUCGCACUACGCAGCGUUCGGGCAGAUCAUGGAGGUGCUGGUCCCGCACUCCCGGGUGAAGCACCGCUUCAGCCGGCAUUGCUGCGGCCAACUGCGCACCCGGCCCGGAAGCAUCGGCUUCGUGGUCAUGGCGGACGCCAGGGCCGUCGAGGCCGUCCUGCGGGCGGGCAGGGAGCAGACCGUGGCCGGGAAGCGCAUCAUCGUGGAGCCCUUCAAGUCGGCGCCCGCCAAGCCACAGCAGAAGCGCAGCGGCAGCUCCACCCCCCCGGCGUCCACCUCGGCUGGCCCCGGCGAGCCCGCGCUGGAGCUGUAGACGCCCGCGAGCCCGGCGCGAGCAGGCGCCCCGGGCCCGACGCUUGGCAGCCAGCACGGCAGGAGGGAGGAGCUGAGACUCCUGUCGCUCACCGCGCUCUUCUCCCAGCACGCCCUUUGAGUGACACAGGGCCCCUCCGGUGUGGAGGACGAGAGGGCCUCCCGCGGGCAUCUGGCCAUCGCGGGCAAGAGUGUGCGGCCCGUGGUCAGCCCCCCUCGAAGAAGAAACAACUCCAUAAACAUAAACUUUUGGCGCUCCGCGCGGAUUUCUCGGAGCUGCGCUGGACCUUUCUCCCUGAUGUUUAUGCAGUUGUGUCUUCUUGAUGUUUCCCUGUAGAGGACGAAGAGGUCCUCCCGCAGGCAUCUGGCCGUCGCGGCCAAGAGGGUGCGGCCCAUGGGCCUCGAUUCACGAGGCCCACGCGCGGGUGACGCCCGUUUCGAGCGUUUGCUCACGGCGCCACUGGCCUUCCUGAGACACAGGUUCGCUCCGUAAGCAGAAGUCCCGACGAGAGGGUUCUGGCUGCUUUCGGCCUCCCGGGGCCGUCGCGGGGCUCUGAACGAAAAGCCGU